CACGGAUUUGAGUGUGACUUUGGUAUAUAUUCUGGCCUCGAAGGUUUUGAGAGACUAAACCAAAAAAAUUCGAGAGAGCUGGGAAUAUUGUAUCCAGAAGAAGCUUUACAUAUUGGUGAUAGUUUGUGCAAAGACUGCAAGCCGGUCAAGAGCAUAGGUUGCUUGUACUGUUACUUGGAUAGGUUCAAGUCACAUGAUGCUCAGAAAUGGAGGCAAUUUGUGAAUGGCCUUUACGUAAUGGCAUGUGAAUUGUUUUAUAAGUGGAAGGUGAUGGUUUCGAUUCCAUUUAUAUCAUUUCUUGAGGUUAUUAGAAGAGAAGCCAUCAUUUUGGUGCGAAGAAAAGGGAGAAGUAAUUUUCCCUUCCAUAACGAAGAGUUGAGAAUUCCUGUCGUUUUGACCCGACUUGGAAUUAGACCCAAAAGCAGUAAAGAUUAUGCAAUUGAUUGUUCUUGUUGGUUCUGAAGUUUGGACCCGAUAGUGUGGACAAUUGAGCAUAGUUCGCCACGCAGAGACGCGCAGAAAAAACUACUCUCAGAGAAUCCGGACACGAGUCUCAGAGUUAGAGUUGCCGCGCUCCUCUGAAGAGGGUCCCCAGAGGUGGCGCAUAUGGAGGAGAGGCAACACACUUUGCAAAAUCCACUUCUCCAAGCUAGGCAAAGGCCUUAUAAAUAUCUCAGCUUAAAGAAUGUUGUUACAAGCACCAAUAUUAAUGGCGAAUCCGCAUGUGAGAGUAAAAUCACGGAGGAUGAGAACAAAGCAGAAUUUAGGAAUUUUCUUAAAAUUCUUCCCCCUGUGGAGUUUGCCUGCGUCUAUGGCUCAUCCCUUCAUCCAAACAACCAAGACAAGUCAACCAUGACAGACUAUAUUCUUGGUGUAUCAGAUCCCUACCAGUGGCAUUCUGAGAACCUGAAAUUGAACAGAAAUCACUAUGCGUCGUGGAUGGUGCACCUUGGUGGCGCGAGACUGGUUACCGAAGUUGCGGAUAAAAUUGGUGUGGGAGUUCAUUUCAACCCUUUUGUUAGUUGGAAUAGAAAGAUGUUCAAAUACGGGGUUGUUCAAAUGCGUGACUUACUUAAAGAUGUACUCUGUUGGGAGAGGUUUUACUUGAGCGGUCGUUUACAAAAACCAAUUCAUAUAGUGAUAGAUAAUUUGGACAUUGCAAACGCCAAUUCUGUUAACCUGAGAGCUGCAAUAUCAGCUGCUCUUCUCUUUCUUCCUUCGGAAUUCACAGAGGAAGAUCUGUAUUCCAAGGUGUGUAGUCUCUCAUAUAUCGGUGACCUACGUAUGCUAUUUGCAGAGGAUAAAAAUAAGGUGAAAAAAAUUGUGACGGGGCAGUUUAAUCUAUUCCACUCGAUAUAUAAGCCAUUUCUCGAAGAGUACGAGGCUAAGAAGUUAUUGGGACUAUCAUCAACUUCUAAUGGCCAAAUAGAAGUCUUUCAGGAUUGUAACUUAUCAGCUGCUAGCUCUCUUGUCUCUUCUCUUUCUCCGGCAAUCAGAAACCAGAUGGGUAUGAAGUUAGGAGAGAAGACAAAAAUGAGUGAAACUGGACAAAUCAUAAAAGACGUUGCUUUUAGCUCGAGAGAAGAGGCUGCAAAAUGCUUGCAGGGUAUCCUGAGAAGAAGAGUUAUGAUUUCAAGUGCAAGACAGGCCAUUUCUGGUCUUCUGACUUCAGGUGGGAUCAACGCUAGCCGGUAUCUUGCAAAGAAAAUGAGCAAAGCCUGGAAGUCCUGGAGAUGAUGACGCUAGCCAGUUGAACAUCUUGAGAAUGAGAGUUUCAUGCUUAAUCAUUGAGCUAGAGAAGUUUGCAGAUAGACUGGUAUGGCAAUAGUUUGGGAAUCAUUGGGGAGUAUUAGGUGAAGAUUUUUUUUCUAUAAAUCUACCAUUAAGCUAUUGACCUCGCAGACGAAAAUUUUUCCGUUUAUUGAAAAGCCUGAAAUUUGAAGGUAA